CCAAAGAUGGAAAACAGUCAGCUGCUAAACCGGCUGACUUCAAUGCAAGGACAAGACUCUGCUUUACAUUUUGCUUUUUAUAAUGCGCUUUUGUUCGUUCUGACCGGAAUAUGUAUCGCUGGUUUAUAUGCCAUUUACAAAAUAAUGUAUAUGUUUUUAACCCCACUCUUAUGGGCAACACUUGUUGGAACCAUACUGUUCCCAGCUAAAAGGCGCUGCAAUGUGUGGCUGGAAGGCUGGUUCUCUGAGCUAGACAAAAAUGAUACUCCUUUCUUAGUUGGGCUUCUUCUUCUACCGUAUCAAUGUUUGGUGAAACUUUCAGACUUGAUGAUUUCUCACGCAUUCAAGCUAGAAGGCGCUGUAGUAUUUGCUAUUUAUUUGGUCCUGAAAAUUCUUGAUGGUGGGAACUUUGUUUGGGUUAUCGGAUUCUUUGCUAGUCUUUACAAUCAUAUCGAUUCUUUUAUUCUCUUUUACACGCAAAAAUGGGUAUUGGCGUUUACUGUGGUCUAUUUCGCCAGCUUUAUCGGAUGGAUUUAUGUUCAGGACAAGAAGACGAUAAACAAAAAAUUAGCCAGAUUGUUUUCUGUUCCGGUUUGGAUAUUUGCUCUUUGUUGGCUGUCGAGCUUUUGUGGGCCACUGAAGUCACUGGUUUUUAUCAGUGCUUCUUUGCUCUUAGGACUGAUUGCUGCUGGUGUUGUUGCUCCUGAAAGUUCAAAGCCUGCUACACCAAAAGAAACACAGUGUAAGGAAAAUCUCUUUUUGAUUAUUUUAGCCGAUGAAGAGGUUCCUGGUACAGGGAAAGUUUACACCGAACCGCAAAACAAUAGCGUAGCGAGGGCGCUUUCUGGAGAUUCAUACAUACAGAUAAUUUUUGGCUUGUGUGUAAUCAUGUUUGCCGCAAGGCAUGACGUAGUGACCCUGGUGGUUAUUCUUAUUGGGAUCUUCGGUGCAUCGAGAAGGAUUGUCUAUUUUAUUUUUAAAUUGUAUCUUCGAAGUACUGAGGCUAGUACCUUGUUGAUGGUCGAGUUCUUCUUGCGUUCUAGUCAAAGGAGGGAAAGUACCAGCAUUGAUGCUGGUAUUGCUGAUGAAUACAUCAAUUUCGCCAAAUUUCUUUCUGUUUUAGGGGAGAUUCUCGUACUGCCGAAACUGUCUUGUUUUUUUCUUUCUUCAUUCUAUUAUAUUUACAUUUUUGAUCGGUAUUAUUCCAAAAUCUUACAGCUGAGACGCUCGAUAUGUUCAUCGAUAGACGUGUUAAGCUCAAUUUUUGUAAUGUCCUUCCUCGCACUCACAUUCAUUUUCUUAACCGUGUUCGCCGCGGUACAAUUACAUAACGAAACUUCUCAUCUGAUCGACCUUGGUUCUAAUGUUUUAUCAAGUCAACCUGAGUGGUUACUUAUGUCGGCAAAGAAUUAUACCGAAGGCACUCUUUCCCACCACGAGAUUAACGAUUAUGUCAAUCAGGCUUAUACUAAAGGACGGGAACUGUUGGCUGACAAUGUACGUAAAUUGGUAGAUCCAGGCGAUGUUGAACGAGCAGAUCUUUUGGAAAAACAAGUUAUGCAGCUUGUUGAUGAACUGUAUCGGAUGUGGGAAGAAAGAGGCGCUUCCACGAUAAACGCUUCAUCUGGUUCUACAAAUGAAUUAAUGAAAAGGCUAAAAUCAGCUGAUUUUGCUGCAUUUAAAGAGGAAUUGGUCAACGUUUUGAAACAAAAUGUUGAAACUAUCUUGAACAUUUUGCGCUCGAUUUGGACAGUUGUUGUACUGAAUAUCUCGCUGAUAGCGUCUUUCUUGUUUUCUGUGGCUGGAAUAGUUCUAGGCUUUGGACUCAAUAUUGUGAACUUUUUUAUCGAAACAAUAGUUUUUUUGACUGCUGUGUAUUAUCUCUUAGUAAGCAGUAAAGACCGUUGGCUUCCAUUAAAAUGGAUAAGCGACGCGGUGCCCACAUCACCUAACGAUGCCCCUUUGGAAGCUAUGGCUACAGGUCAAAGAGAACCGACAAAUUCUUCUUUCAGCUCAAGCGACAUAACAGCCGCAAUCGAGAAUGCGAUCAGUGGUGUAUUUGUGCUGUCGACAAAAAUGGCUGUGUUUUACGGAUUGUACACAUACUUUGUACACUCAUUGUUUGACUUGAACGUCGUGUUUCUCCCUUCAAUUUUGGCAACAGUCUUUGCUGCAAUUCCUGUUAUGGCACCGUACACGGUCUCAGUGGUCGGAGUAAUAGAACUUUUCUUUGUUCGAGGAGAAACAGCAGCUGCUAUAGUAUUUUUCCUGCUGAGUGCAGCACCACUGUGCUUCGCAGAUCCAGCUUUUUACAGGGAAUUGAAGGGUAGUCAUCCGUACGUUACUGGUUUGUCUAUAGUUGGUGGGAUUUACUGGCUUGGUCUUCAAGGAGCCAUUUUCGGUCCUAUGAUGUUAUGCUCCAUGCUCGUUCUCUUCAACGUUUAUGCCAAGUUUACUAAACGAGCGUAG